AUGUUCCUCUUCGGCACUCUCGACAGGACGAGCAGCCCGACUGUCUCCAAGCUAGGAUCUCGAGCACUGCUCUACUUCUUCCAUCCUGCGUCCUCUUCCAAGGAGGUUGGAUCGCUUGCUCCACGGCGGCGAUUACACACCGAACGCCUACGGAGACCGCUUGGAGGUCCUCCGCUUUCGCCGCAUCAGAUGGAAAACAUCUUUAUCAACGCAUUGGUACGGGCGGGUACCUGUCAGCGCCACGCGAAGCACACCACAGCUUUCAGGGAGUCAUCACUGUUCGCAACGACACAUCACAAAGCGCGGCGGAGACAGCCUACACAUACCUGCGCGACAACAAGGGGCUUUCGAGAUGAGAAGGGUGGCCGGCAUGCUGCUCAAGCAACCGCUUCGGCGGAGAUAUCGCAGGAAGAGUUCAAGAAUCUGCUGGAUUACUACGAGCCAUCGUUGUCUGUCCACGACCUUCCUCCGCCACCACCAAAGCAAGCAGAACCUGAGUCUGAGGAGCCUGAGGAGCCCGAAGAGCUAGGGACAAAGGAAACAGCGGAGAAUAUAAUUGGGAUAGGCUUGAUAGAGGACUCGACAGACGAAAGCCCCUACAAGGCCCAGCCAGCGAGGGACGACGUUGAGCGGGAGGCCAUUGACCACCUAUGCGACUUGCUACACGACGAAGAGAGUUCGCACGAAUUAGUCUACGAUACCUACAGAUUGUUGUCUUUCCCCCGAGUCUCCUAUCUUACUCUACCCACCAUACGCCGCCUACUGCACCACCUAGCCGUAGUCGAGCACAAGAAUGAGGCAUCAAUGCUGCGCUACCUCUCCAUUAUAGACGACAUGAAAGCCGCCAACAUACCGAUGCUACGGAGCGAAUGGACCUCAGCCAUAGCCUUCGCAGGCCGUUGCUUCAGGAAGGUGACCUCGGCUGAGGUGGAGUCGGCACUGUACAUCUGGCGGGAAAUGGAGAACGAAGCAGGGAUCAGGGGCAGGGAGGUCACAUUCAAUGUUCUAUUCGACGUCGCUACCAAGGCCGGGAAGUUCGUCCUGGCGGAAAUGAUUCUGAAGGAGAUGCGGGCUCGCAAUCUCCACUUUAGUCGGUACACCCGCACCGGACUAAUCUACUACCACGGCCUCCGCGGAGAUGGCAACGGCGUCCGAAAUGCGUAUAAGGAGCUAGUCGAGUCCGGCGAGAUCGUGGACGCAGUGGUUCUGAACUGUGUUAUGGCAUCCCUGAUCCGCGCGGGCGAGCCAUCAGCAGCGGAACAGGUCUUCCUCCGGAUGAAAAAGAUGCAUGCCUCCAAAACCGGCGUAAAACCGGCGCCACGGCAUUGGCGAGAGAAGCGCGAGCUUGCGAAGACGCUUACGCGACUCACUCAGGAGAUGCGAAAAGACCCGGAAGCGAGCCGCAAGCUGCAGGAUGACUGGCCCAUAGCGCCGGACGCGCAGACAUUUCGUAUUCUCAUCAAGCACCACGCGCUCACUUCAGGCAACAUCGACCGCAUCACCGAGCUGCUCGACGAGAUGAGUCUCAUGAACAUACCUGUCGACCCCAUGGCUUUCACCCUGUUGCUCUCAGGGUUCCAGAUCCACGGCGGGAUCCGCUACUCCUCUUGGACGAGAGUCCGACUCGAGCGGCUGUGGAUCUUCCUCAAAGUGACACUCGAGGAAGACGAGGAGUUCCGCCUUGAACGCUCAAUGACCAGCAGGGUACUGCGUGCUUAUGCUAAGUGCUCGAGCAGGGAGCGCACCAUGGAGAUCUGGGAGGAGAUUAAGAGCAUGUGGGCAUCGAGGCUGGAGGAUGUGGAUCAUGUGGAUUUUGACCUGAGCAGGUUGUUUCCGCCUGAGCUGGCUGAGCUUGGAUGA